AUGGCCGAUUUUCCUUCGCCCCGUGUCAUACCAGGUAGAGCGUUCCUGAGAGCCGGUACAGAUUUUUGUGGACCCUUUCUGAUCACUCCUCGUCGUGGAAGAGGUGUGAGACUCGUGAAGAUGUGCGUCUGCGUCUUCGUUUGUUUCAUCACGAAAGCGGUUUACCUGGAGCUCGUCAGUGACCUGAGUACUGAUGCGUUUCUUGCAUCUUUCAAGCGCUUCGUUGGACGCAGAAGGAAACCCGCCGAGAUAUUCAGCGAUUGUCGGACCAAUUACGUUGGGGCUAAACAUGUGUUGAAACUGUGGAGUUCGGAGACGAUUGGUCGGUAUUUUGCCAACGAAUGUGUUGUCUGGAGAACAAAUGUUCCAUCGCCCCCACAUCUCGGCGGACUCUGUGAGUCGUCUGUGAAAUCGAUGAAGUAUCAUUUGAAACGAGUAAUAGGAUGUCAAAUCCUGACUAAUGGAGAGUUUUCAACGUUCAGGAGUUCUAGAGGAGACCGAGGCAGUACUAAACUCCAGGUUGGUUGA